AUGAUCAGAGUAACAGUAGCCAGUAUGGAUGGCAAUUUUGCCACACUCUACCUUGAGACUGAUUGGCUUCUUUCUAAAGUAAAGGAACUAAUUGAGUCUCAACUCAAUAUACCAAGAGUGCAGCAAGUUAUUUCACUCAAUGGUCAAGUAAUAUGUGCCAGUGAUGAUACGAAAAUUUCCACAAUAGGCAUAGAUACCAAUGACCUACUGUUGGCCGUGUCUAGGAACGCUCCCGCCUCUGCUAAUUUGGGCAGCAUACCAAAUCCUAAUCCAAGCCCUAGUGCCUAUGAUGUACCCUCCACUGGUAUGCAGGCAAAGGCGAAUUUUUUGGAACAUGCUAGAAGCCUAAUUGCCAGAUGGAAACUAAAUUCGGAGGCGUUACACUUGCUGGAUGAUCCUGAACUUGCGGACGCAAUUUCCACCGGGAAUGAAAACAACGUAGCGCAAUUGUUAGAGAAAAAACACCAAAAUGAAAUGAAAAAUGAAAUGGACAGAUUAAUUAAAGUUGGUAUGGCAGCACAGAAUCCUCUAACUCCCGAAUCUCAAGAAAUUAUUGAGAAGUAUAUGCAUAAACAAAGGAUACAAGAAAGUCUUUUAAACUCUCAGGAAUACUUUCCCGAAUCAUUUGGCGACAUUGUCAUGCUAUACAUUAACAUUGAAAUCAAUAAGGUUGGUAUCUCAGCAUUUGUGGACACGGGAGCGCAGAAAACGGUGAUCUCAAAAAAAUGUGCCGAAAUUUGCAACAUAUCUAACCUAAUAGAUCCUCGUUUUGGUGGAGUAGUACAUGGUGUUGGAGUCUCUAAAAUGUUGGGCCGUAUACACAUGAUUGAGAUGAAAAUUAACGAUAUAUUUUAUCCCAUCUCAUGUGUUGUGGUUGAAAAUUCGACUGUUGAUUUUUUACUGGGUCUGGAUAUAAUGAGGCGUUAUAAAUGCAUUAUUGAUUUGCCAGAUAAUUCACUCACUAUACAAGGCAACAAAGUUUACUUUGUAAACAAGCCUAAGGUAAUAACAUUGCAGCCUACAAUUAGCAGCGGCACUAGUACUAGUAUGGGCACCGGUAUGGUGGAUCUGGAAAAGGAAAAAAAGAUUGCUACACUAUGUGAAGUCUUGGGCAUUGGUAAAACCCAAGCUAAACAAUUACUGGAGGGGUCAAAUUGGGACGUGGAACAGGCAGCGGCACUAUCGCUGUCGCUGGAAUGA